AUGAUCCCACAAGUGGCCAGGGAAAAGCAAGGUCCACCCCACAGAGCCCUGCUUGUGAGGAUAGGGCACUUUUACACUGGGAGGUUGCCCGUUAUUCGAGGACAUCGCUUGAGUUCCCAUUCCCUGGUGACAUUCAGCCCUCGACAUGUUCUAACUGAGGAACUCUCUAAAAACUACGCUGAAGUUUCUGUUGAAGUCGUCGACUGUCCAGACUUGAAGAAAUCGCCCUUUACUUUAGCAGCUUCUGGACUUGGAGGAAAACCAGAAAUACUGGACAUGGGUGGACCAAUGGUGCAUCCAGAUUUUGCUGCCGUUCCUUAUAACCUUGAUACCAUUGUCUCUCGCAAUGGUGGUCGCAAGAAAGGAUUUAUCAUCGGAGCUGCUCAGGGACCUGCCUCUUAUCCUUUUGGAUUGAGUGAAAUUGUUGUGAACGUUGUUUUAAAUUCUCCUGCGUCAUACCGAGGUUCGAUUGCUGCGCUUUCAAAUGCGAAGAAUGACAACUAUUAUUUGGUACGAUUACCCGGAAACGAAACAGGAACGACUUUUGUAGGAAAUGUGCUUGUUAGUGAAGGGAAGCCCGGAAAAGUUGUACAAGUUCAUGUUAAAAAACGCAUCGGCAGUAUAUCGGCUUUUCCAGAUAACAUACAAAAGAUUCUAGCGAAACGAUACAAAGGCCAACUUGUUGGCUUGGGUGGUACAUUCCUUUCGAAACAUGGGAAAGUGAAGCAACAUGUGCUAGAAUCAGGAACCACGAAAUUUCAUUUUCUCUUUUACAACAUGUCUGCCCCUCUAGUCUCAGCUGGAGUUAUUUUAUCUGCCGAAACGGUAAGAUUAAGAGAAUUUUCGAUUUACAACAUGUUCAUAAUACUUUAAUUAAUUUAUAGACUUUUUAAUGUAUGAUAAUGUAUGGCUUAUGAUUAAAUUACGCCAUGCACUUAUUACCCGAUUUCUGCCUUACACAAUUUUUCUCGCAAAAAUUUACAUCUGCACGAAUUUAUAGAGACACUUGAAUGAGAAAUUAAUAUUUGGGUGAUCUUAUAUUGUUAUAAUCACCUAAAAAAAAUGUUAAAAACUAAGUUUCUUGAUAAU